CAUGAUUAUAGGACUCUCUUAAUGUCACAUUGGCUUUCCCCGAAAAUCAAACAAUUUAAAAGAAUGAAAAUAACGAUAAUAAAUUUACUGUCUUCAUCAAUUUUCUUCCUGAAAGUGGUAUAAAUCAUGUGCUUCUGCUGCAUUUACCUGCAUCACUUGAGGGCGCUGUUUGCGAAAACUAGACCCCGGCCCCAAGCGCAAAAAGCCUCCGACGCGUGAUUACCAACACCGUACCUAGUCGAGUCUUGCAUGUUGUGUGUCGUGUAGAUUUGCUGAGAUGUCGCUUGAAAUAGAAUCUGCGGACGUGAUCCGCCUCAUCCAGCAGUACCUCAAAGAGAACAACCUCCAUCGUGCCCUGGCGACGCUCCAAGAGGAGUCCACAGUUUCACUGAACACGGUGGACAGCAUCGACCAGUUUGUGUCGGACAUCAACAAUGGGCACUGGGACACGGUGCUGCAAGCCAUCCAGUCCCUCAAGCUGGCCGACAAGAUGCUGAUCGACCUCUACGAACAGAUUGUCUUGGAGUUGAUUGAGCUAAGAGAGCUAGGAGCAGCCCGCUCCCUCCUACGCCAGACAGACCCCAUGAUCAUGCUGAAGCAGCAACAACCUGAUCGCUACAUGCAUCUGGAGAAUCUGCUGGCACGAUCCUACUUUGAUCCCCGCGAGGCCUACCCAGACGGCAGCAGCAAGGAGCGGCGGCGGGCGGCCAUCGCCCAGGCCCUGUCUGGCGAGGUCAGCGUGGUCCCGCCUUCCCGUCUCUUGGCCCUCCUGGGCCAGGCCCUCAAGUGGCAGCAGCACCAGGGGCUCCUCCCGCCGGGCGUGACCAUCGAUCUGUUCCGGGGGAAGGCAGCCGUGAGGGACGAGGAAGAGGAGAAGUACCCCACCCAGCUCAGCAAGACCAUCAAGUUUGGGCAGAAGUCCCACGUUGAGUGUGCAGCCUUUUCCCCCGAUGGUCAGUACCUCACGACCGGCAGCGUGGAUGGCUUCAUCGAAGUCUGGAACUUCACCACAGGCAAAAUCCGUAAGGAUCUCAAAUACCAAGCACAGGACAGCUUCAUGUUGAUGGAUGACGCCGUGCUGUGCAUGUGCUUCAGCCGAGACAGUGAAAUGUUGGCAACAGGGGGCCAAGACGGAAAGAUCAAGGUAUGGAAGAUCACCACUGGCCAGUGCCUGAGGCGUUUUGAGAUGGCGCACGGCAAAGGUGUCACCUCCGUCAAGUUCUCCAAGGAUGGCAGUCAGGUGCUCAGUGCAUCUUUCGACCAAACACUCAGAAUACACGGCCUGAAAUCGGGCAAAACACUGAAAGAGUUCCGGGGUCAUACUUCCUUUGUCAACGAAGCUGUGUUCACCCCCGACGGCCAUAUUAUCAUCAGUGCCUCAUCUGAUGGCACCGUCAAGGUGUGGAACAUAAAAACCACAGAAUGCAUGAGCACCUUCAAGUCUCUUGGAGGGAGUUCGGGCACAGACAUAACCGUUAACAGCGUCAUCCCUUACCCUAAAAACACAGAGCAGUUCAUUGUGUGUAACCGCAGCAACACAGUGGUCAUCAUGAACAUGCAGGGACAGAUUGUGAGAAGUUUCAGCUCUGGUAAGCGUGAGGGUGGUGACUUUGUCUGCUGUUCCCUGUCACCCCGGGGGGAAUGGAUCUACUGUGUGGGUGAGGAUCUGGUGUUGUACUGCUUCUCAACCACCACGGGCAAACUGGAGAGAACCCUGAACGUACACGAAAAGGACGUCAUUGGAAUAGUGCAUCACCCCCACCAAAACCUGCUGGCGACCUACAGUGAGGAUGGACUGCUGAAACUAUGGAAGCCUUGAGAGGACACUCACGGGCACAGUACAGAUACAGGGAAAGGCACUGUAGUGGAGUCUGACAGAGUAGAGUUGAGUAUUGUUGCUCAUGAAGUGAUAUCCUCAUCAACAUUUGAAAUGCAUUUACAGAAAAUUAAAUAACUCACAUUGACUUUACAGUGAAAUGUGGCCGGUAUGGUUCCUGCUGGUCCUUGGCUUUAUUCAGGCAUUUUUUUGUUUCGUCUUAAUUUGGUAUCACCUCUGAUAUCUAUCCUUCAACUCUGUUGCCGAAAGCCUUGCAGUUUUGGAUAGAAGCAGACAAUGAAUAAUAUAAGAUAUACUGGCGAGUCAGGGGGUGAUGACGGAGGUUGCUGAGAUUCAGGAUUUCCAGAAAGGAUACAUUAGAGCUGAAUAUUUCCUUUGGUAUUUUAGGGUCCAAGUUCUUAAAAGGUUGUGAUCGAAAGUAAGGCCCAGACUCUUGAAGUAAGCGUAUAGAUCAGGCUGUCUGUAAAAUGAUACGAAUUGCAUUGCACAUACUGCCAUGCACCUGCAUGGCUUAUGUUGUCAAUUUCCAUCCAAGCUGUUGAACACCCCCUGUUGGCUCACAGUCAAUCUUCUUACAUGAUUUCUAAUGGGCCUGUGAUGGACCCAGCUACAGCACUAUUGCAGGGGUGAGAUUUGUCAGAAUUUCUCCCCUUUUAGGAUUUUCCAGACAAUCUCUUACUUUUAAUUCUGGUAAAUCCUUCGUUGACAAUGAUGUGGGCUUUUUUUAAAUAUGAAAUAUGAUAUAGAACACAAAGGGCGCCUAUUUACAAAUACAUACCAAAUGUCUACCAUUUGAACCAACACUGAUGUGGAAGGUCCUUAAAACCUUGUAACAAGAGCUGCGUAACAAGAAGCCCGUUUGCAAAGCAAAGUUUUUUAACCCGUCCCAGGACCGGCUGCGGUCUGUGGCAUAAGUAAUCUAGUAUUAAUACAUAUGACUUAUCACACUGUAAACAAAAUUCUGUUUUGUAGGAACAUUUUCCAGAUCUGUUUCGCUGAUUAUUAGAAUAUCCAAAUUAGGAUGACUACUGUAAUGCUCUUCAGGUUGAAAAUAAAUUUGGUAACAAUUCAUA